UAACAGCUGGCAGGAGUAUAUAUAUUCGCGACGGGCUCUCUCCACGUGUCAGUUCCCCACGAUCCGCCUACCCAGACAAGAUGAGCUAUAGAGUCCAGCCGAGCGGCUUCGCCACCAAGUCCAUCCACUCGGGCCAGAGCCCCGAGCAGUGGAAGAGUGCCGCCGUGAUUCCGCCGAUAUCGCUGAGCACCACCUUCAAGCAGGAUGCUCCGGGCGAGCACAGGGGCUAUGAGUACUCCCGCAGUGGCAAUCCCACUAGGAACGUGCUGGAGACCUGUUUCGCCGCCUUGGAUAAUGCCAAAUACGGGCUGACCUUCUCGUCGGGAUUGGGAGCCACCACCGCUGUGCUGACCAUGCUGAGCAACGGCGAUCACAUCAUCAUGGGCGACGAUGUGUACGGAGGAACCAACCGCUUGAUCCGUCAGGUCGCCAGUCGCCUGGGAAUCUCAGCCUCCUUUGUGGAUCCCACGAAUUUGGAUCUAAUUAAGAGCUCCAUCAAGCCGGAGACCAAGUUGGUAUGGAUCGAGUCGCCAACUAAUCCGCUGGUGAAGGUGGCUGACAUCGAGGCUAUUGCCCAGCUGGUCCAUGGAGUCCGCGAGGAUCUCAUCCUGGCCGUCGACAACACCUUCCUGACCUCUUACUUCCAGCGACCCCUGGAGCUAGGCGCCGAUCUGGUCUGCUACUCCCUAACCAAGUACAUGAACGGCCACACGGAUGUGGUCAUGGGUGGCAUCACCAUGAACUCCGAGAAGCUCUACAAUAGCCUGAAGUUCCUGCAGAACGCCGUUGGCAUUGUGCCAUCUCCAUUCGACUGCUACCAGGUCAACAGGAGUCUUAAGACCCUCUCACUGCGCAUGGAGCAGCACCAAAAGAAUGCUCUGAAGAUUGCCAAGUACCUAGAGAGCCAUUCGUUCGUCGAGAAGGUGCUGCAUCCCUCUUUGCCCUCCCAUCCGCAGCACAAGAUCGCCCUCAAGCAGACCUACGGAUACAGCGGCGUGUUCUCCUUCUACAUUAAGGGUGAGCUGAAGCACUCCUCGGCGUUCCUCAAGGCCCUCAAGGUGUUCACCCUGGCGGAGAGCCUGGGCGGCUACGAGAGUCUGGCCGAGUUGCCGUCCAUUAUGACGCAUGCCUCGGUGCCGGCGGAGGACAGGAAAACUUUGGGAAUCACUGACGGCCUAGUUCGCUUGUCUGUCGGUCUGGAGGAUGCCGAGGAUUUGAUCAAGGAUCUGGAGCAGGCCCUAGAAAUCGCAUCGAAGGCUUAAGUUACUCACAUCACAUGUAUUUUUCACGUUUUUCCCCGACCGGAUGUUAAUGAAUUUGUAUAUUUAUAACCCCAAUAAAAGUGUUUUGUCUCAAAUAAAUGAA